GUUGAAUGAUGUACGCCAUUUUAUAUAUUGUACUUUGAUUGUAAUAUUUGAGUGUUACCCGUUUUUAAAUGGUACAUAGUUUAAAAUUAGUGAUUUAUGCCGGUGUGUUGCUGCUUUUGUGAUUGGUGUCAAUAUCUUAAUAUUCAUAAUACACUUAUUAUAUUUUUAUACUUAUGAAAUUUAAAACUACUAAAAUGAAAUAUUUAGUGUCGUGUAUUAUUACUUUCAAUUUGCUAUUUUUGGCAAAUUUUGUUUCUUCCGCUGAUGUUAAAUUCGAUGUGGAUAUACCUACCAAUUCAAAGCCUUAUCAAAUAUUCGAAUACAAAGGAUCAUUAGAAGUAUCAUGUAACAUAACAUCAACACCACCUACUAGUGAUUAUGAAGUAAAAUGGUAUAAGGGAACAUCAGAAAUUCCAAUAACAGAUCCAGCAGCAAAAACGCGAUUUAGUACGUACCACAAUGGUGGUCUUCAUACACUAAAAAUUAGAAAAUUAGUAGAAGAUGAUAGUGGAAAUUAUACAUGUAAUGUAAUCUACGAUAAAAAAGUUGUAGCAAAUGCAACAAUUAUUACCAUAGGAAAAGGACGAGUGAAAAUUCCGGCCAAUAUCAAUGUUGUGGAAGGUGAAAAAUUACGAAUUCAUUGCCAAGUAGUUGGUCAGCCAGAAAUUAUAUGGGAAAUUGGUAAUGCGACUUAUCCCAAUGGUCCAGACAAACGUGUAUCAUUACACAAAGAUGAGGAAACUGGAAUGGAAAAUGCUAUUUUAGUAUUAGAAAAUAUUCAAUUGACAGAUCGUGGUACAUAUAAAUGUAUAGCUAGAAAUAAAGUAACGUUGGAAGUUGAAGAUGAUUCCGAAAGUUUUGUUAGAAUAAAAGAUAAAUUAGCAGCGUUAUGGCCAUUCUUAGGAAUAUGUGCGGAAGUUAUUAUCUUGUGUGCGAUUAUUCUAAUCUACGAAAAGAAACGAAAUAAGCAAGAAUUAGAAGAAAGUGAUACAGAUCAAAGUCCUGACCAGAAACAUACACCCGAUCAUGGAAAAGAUUCAGAUGUGAGACACAGAAAGUGAGAUCUCUCUUCAAUGUUUAAUAUAUUAAGUCGCUUGUUGAUUGAUUAAAAAAACACGUAUAUAAAUAAUAAUAUAAC